AUGGAAGUUAAUGCUCAAUUCGAGAGCUCAAACUUGAACCACCUAUGCCCAUCUUGUUUGGGGACCCAAUUUUACGCUACGUAAAUAUGGUUGGAUUCCCAGCCCUGAUUCAAAAUUACUAUCACGCCGUUCGGUCCCAAACCUUAGAAAUCGACGACAAUGUCUUUCAAAGAGCUGAGACCUGGCGAGAAACCGAGGCACCACGAAGAUCAUGGCAAGAAACAGAGUUCAAGUUUGAUCAAUGGGAUGGAGCACAGCCACGCAGGAGGGAGUUCAGCAGAGAGAAAAAGUCACCAUUGGCGAAGUUAUAAGUUGAUUAUUGACCCAGCGUUGAAGAAGGGACAGCACAAACUCUACCGCUAUGAUGGCCAAAAUUUCAGUCUCCCCAAUCCCGGUGUUCCACCGGUUGAUACCGUUAGAGACCCUCGACUUGGACGCAUGUGGACCAAAAGCAAAGAGAUGGUUUUGCCUGUUCCAAAAUUUAAGAUCGACGAGCAUUACGUGGGACCCGUACCUCCUAAGCAGGUUACGUUUGCAAAGCUGAACGACAACGUUCGAGAGGCGUUUCUGCUGGACAUGUGCAAGAAAUACGGCGAGGUGGAAGAAGUGGAGAUACUUUACAAUCCCAAGAAUAAAAAGCACCUGGGAAUCGCGAAAGUGGUGUUUGCGACGGUGAAGGGAGCGAAAGAUACAGUCCAGCACCUCCACAGCACUUCCGUAAUGGGAAACAUCAUUCAUGUGGAACUCGACACCAAAGGUGAACAUCGGAUGAGGUACUACGAGUUGCUGGUCGGUGGCCACUUCACCCCCCAGACGCUUCCUGUCGGUACCGAUGCCUUUUUUGACUCCUCUCCCAUAAUAAACAAUGAGUUUGGACAGGUCAACGAUCUCCAGAAACCUCGAAGCGGUGAAAAUUACCUUCCCGUGGGACCGUCUGUAACCCCAAAUAGUAGCACCCCUUUCUCCCAUGAUACUGCUUAUUCCAGUUGCCGCCAGGAUACUCCAAAUUCGUACAGCCAGUAUACGCCGCAGUCAUCCCAAGGCACACCACAUACUCCACGAUUGGGAACCCCCUACUCGCAGGAUUCCAGCUACUCUAGUCGGCAGAGUACACCAGCUUAUUCUUACUCACAGGAGUCUGGGUACAAGUCCAGAAGACCGGAAUCUAAUUAUCAAGAUUCCUUCAGGAGAUUGGGACACCAUUACUCACAUAACACAGGAACGUAUAGAGGUUCUGAGCUUCCAAUUAACACUUACAAGUCAGCUCGCUCCGAGAGUGGAUCCUUUUCACAUAACCCUGCGGUGAGCCAGUCUGGGACAAACUACCAGUCAGCUUUUUCUCCUUACCAAAAUGUGCACUCUACUCAACCAUUUUACCCCCGUACCUUGGAUCAGCAACAUGGUCAGUCAUCCAGAGAUCAUGAUUACAGAAGACCUGUGCUACCAUCUGAUGCCUUUGGGCAAAAUAAUGCCAAUUUGGAUGUUGGGCCUGCAAAGGAAAAAGUGGAAGAUUCAGUUUCUUUGGAGACUAACAUCUCAAAUGAUCAGACACCUGCUUCCUUUACCAAAUCUCCUGAAAGGUCUGUGACUCCUGAAGCCCUAAUACCUGAAACAGCUAGUAGCUCAACUCAACCAAACAGUUUAGAUUCUCGUAUUGAAAUGCUUUUGAAGGAGCAACGAACGAAGCUUCCCUUCUUUGACCAAGAAUCUGAUAUUGACAUCAAAAUGGAGCACAGUCCCAUAUCUUCCUCUUCCUCCCAACUAUCGCCAUUGCCACUUCCUGGGUCAAACACUCACUUGCUUCAUCGAGGUCCUACUCCGUCCUCUCGCCCUUCUAGCACGGGCCUGGAGGAUGUAAGUCCAACUCCCCUUCCAGAUUCGGAUGACGAGGAUCCUAUUUUUGAAACUGUCCAACAGAACCAAAGCUCGAGGUCUGCGUCAGAGGCCGGUAUGACUCCUGUUGAUCAGUCCAGUCAGAUGAGUAGGUUCUCCACAUCUUCUGAUAGUAGGGCACCUGCGGUUAAAGCAGAGCCCUGCGAGGCAAAUAACGAAGCUGUAGAACCAACGCCUGCUCCAGACACAUUGGAAGAAGCUCACCAGUCAUCGGGGGAGGACAUGGAGAUAUCAGAUGAUGAAACGAAUGCGAGUCCAAUAACCAGUGCAGAAUGUUCAGAAACUAUAGUGGUCAGCUCUUCGGCUUCGGCGAUACCUAUACCACCACCUGGAUUCCAUCCGCUACCCCCACCUCCACAAGCAGGAUUUCCAUUGCCACCACCUCUUCCUCCCCCUCCCCCGCCUCCAACGCAUCCCACUGUUUCUGUUCCACCCCCUCCACUUCCAGCUCGGCCAGACCUGUGCCCUCCUGGAGUGCCCCCUCCUCCCCCACCCCCACCCCCACCACCUCCACCUCCUCCACCACCUCCCCCUCCCCUGCUUCCUCACCUGCAUCCUUUCCCUCCCAACAUGUAUCCGAUGAUGUCCAUGGACCUGAUGAACUGCAUAGGCAACCAGUGGGGAAGCAUGCAAAUGUCUUUUCAGAUGCAGACUCAGAUGUUGAGCCGUAUGAUGCAAGGCCAAGGGCCGUCCCCUUACCCGCCUUUCAUGGCUGGCGGUAUGACUCUGCAGUUUGGCAACGUGCAACCAUACCGUCCAUAUCUGAUCAACUCAAGUCUUGCUCAUGGUCUGCCGUGGACUCCAUUGCCAAAGUUUGAUCCCACAGUCCCACCUCCUGGAUAUGAAAUCAAGAAAGAAGAUCCUCACAAAGCCACCAUUGAUGGAGUCUUGCUGGUGGUCAUGAAGGAACUUAAGAACAUAAUGAAGCGAGAUUUGAACCGCAAAAUGGUUGAGAUGGUGGCUUUUAGGACUUUUGAUGAAUGGUGGGAGAGGAAAGAACGCAAAGCAAAGGCUUCACAGACACCAGUAAAAUCAGCAGAUCAAAGUAAAGAUGAGGAAAGACCAAAGCCGAAAGAAGCAGCUCCAGCUUCAACAUGUCUGCUGGAGACCUGGCCCAAAGGAGAAGGGCUUGGCUAUGAAGGCAUGGGGCUGGGUAUGGGUCUGAGGGGUGCAAUCAGAUUACCAUCCUUUAAGGUAAAAAGGAAAGAGCCUCCUGAAGCAGCCUCCUUGGGUGAUCAGAAGAGAAUUAGACCAUCCACACCCCUGGAUGAUGAUGAUGAAGAGUCUGAGCGAGACCGAGAGAUGUCAGAUGUUGCCAGUCAUUCUUCUGAAUUAUCUAAGAGGGACUUGGAGUCUGUAACUGAGAGGAGAAAACCAGCAAAGCCAUUAAAGCUAGACAGUGAGGGAGAGGAGGAAGAGGAAACUUCUGGAAAAGAAGAAGAGGAAUCGUCAUCAGAGAAAGAGGAUGAAGAGGAACAGGAUGAAGAGGUUUCAGAAAAGGCUUCAUCAGAGAAGGAGGAAGAUGGUGAAGAUGAAGAAGCAGAUGCUGAGACCAGUGAAAAGGAGGGGCUCGAUUCUGAAGAAGAUGAAGUGAUCAGUGUUGCAUCAUCAAAAGUGGAGGUGGAAUAUUCCGAUGACAGUGAUGAGUCCUCAGAAUAUGAAUCCAGUUCGGAAGAGGAAGAAGAGGAGGAGGAGGAAGAAAAGGAAAAAGCACCACUAUUAGAAGAGACUGCAGUAGAAACAGAAAUAGCAGCACAACAAUUGGAAAAGGUAGUUGAUAUCUUGAGUGAGAGUAUCACAGAGGAAGCUCCUCCAGACACAGAGCUAGUUGUAAAACCUGCUUCAUCACCGGAGAGAGUUCCAGGAGAGGAACUGGAUCCAGAUAUUGAAUUAACUGAGCUUCCGAAGGUCGACACAGCCGAUGAUGUUGGAAUUCCCAGGCCACCUACUCCAACGGGAGCCUUUGCUGCUCUGUCAGUUAUUAAAAGCAGUGUUCUCAACAAGUCUGAUGAUAGCGACUCCGAAGUGCGUAACAAAUUGAAGUUCACCUCGUCGACGACAGAUGAGGAUGACGGUCUUCCACACACACCUGGCAGAGAAAUUUCAAUUCACUUUGAUUCCGAUACUUCAAUUUCAUCCCUCGCAAAGCCACCGAUGUCCAUCCCAGCAGUUCCUCCGACACCUGGCAAGCAGGAGGUACUUGCCGUCACUCGAUCUCCAGUACCUGAACACGCAGCCUUGGUGAAAACUGCUUCUGAAGAUGGCCCGCCAAGAACUCCUGGGCGCGAUUUUGUGGCUGACCCUGUAAAAGGUCUUACAACAUCUCUGAGCACUGAGACAAUUCCACAGACUCCGGGCAGUGAAGGGCCAUUAACAGGAAACAGUUUGACUCUGAGUUCUCCUCAUAUUCCUGGCAGUCCAUUUACAUAUCCGUCUCAGUCACCUGGUGUAAAUUCUGGAGUUCCCCGUACUCCAGGAAGGGAUUUCAACUUCGCUGCUUUUCCUGAAGCGAAUACUGUUGCUGGAUCUCCAUUAUUAGCAUCCAAAAAGUCUUCACUGGAUGGAGAAAAGGAAAAUCUAACACAUAAGGAACCAUCCAACACCUCCCCAUUGUUAAGUGUGAAUAAGUUGCUAUCGCCUUCUCUUCCUCUGCCUGUCAAGUUCAUUUCUCCUCCUAAUUUGCCAGUAGAGUUGGGAUUAUUGCCUGACUCUGCCUUGAGUCCAUUAAUAAAAUCUGCAACAGUGCCAAAUAAGGAAAAAAUGGAUGAGGGAGACAAGUCUGAAGCUGAGAGAGUAUUAAUUUUGCCAGAACCUGUACCACCAUUGCCUCCUGGCAGUAUUCCAAACCAAAAGGUCCCUCAACACAAAAUCACCUAUGCAAAAGAAAGGCAUGCAUCUCAAGCACCAGUCCCUACUUUUGAGUCCCAGUUAAAAGAGGAACCAGUAGAUAAAGUGGUCGGUAAGGUAUGGCCUCCUUUGCAGGCUAGCACAAUUGAAGCUGAUACUAAAGACCUCAGUUGUCCACGGGUUGAUGAUCACUUUGGUCUGAAAGACCCGGCGGCUGUUACAUUAGACUUCAGGGAGGAAAGCGUUGCGACUUUCACUGAGAUGUUUGGGGACUGUAGAAGCAAAAAGCAGCUAAAAGAAUCUGACAGGUUGAUUUCGAAAGAACUGCAGACAAAGAUCAAGGUUGAAGCUGAGGACGAUGAAGAUGAAGAAUAUGAAGACGAGAAACAGAAAGCUAAGUUUAAGGAACGAUGGACUCGAAGGCAUAGGAAAAAAUAUGAUGAGUGGUAUGAUGAUAUACCAUCAUCUGAUUCCUCUCCACCAAGAUCACUAUUUAAACCCCGCUCCGAAUUUGAGGAGAUGACCAUUUUGUAUGACAUAUGGAAUGAAGGAAUAGAUGAGGAAGAUAUUAAAUUCAUGAAAAUUACUUAUGAUAGAAUGCUUCUGCAGGACAAUUGCAUGGACUGUCUAAAUGACACACUGUGGGUCCAUCAUCCUUAUACCAAUACUUACACUGUUAAGAAGAAGAAAAGGGAAGAUGGAAUGAGGGAGCACAUUACUGGCUGUGCCCGGAGUGAAGGUUAUUACAAAAUCAGUAAGAAGGACAAGGCAAAAUACCUCAACAUCAGUGGCACGUUAGCUGAUGAGCCACCAGCUGACACACAAGGAAUGAGUAUUCCAGCUCAGCCUCAUGCUUCCACUCGAGCAGGGUCAGAGAGGCGGUCGGAACAGCGCAGACUCUUGUCAUCCUUCAUGGGCGGCUUACCUGCAGACAGCGAUCUCCUUAAAUUUAAUCAGCUGAAGUUCCGUAGGAAGAAGCUGAAGUUCUGUAAGAGUCAUAUCCAUGAAUGGGGACUUUUUGCUAUGGAGCCCAUUGCGGCGGAUGAGAUGGUCAUUGAAUAUGUUGGACAAAACAUCCGACAGGUUAUUGCAGACAUGCGAGAAAAGCGGUAUGAAGAUGAGGGAAUUGGAAGUAGCUAUAUGUUCAGGGUGGACCAUGAUUCCAUUAUAGAUGCCACAAAAUGUGGCAAUUUUGCCAGAUUUAUCAACCAUAGCUGCAAUCCUAAUUGCUACGCUAAAGUCAUCACAGUGGAAUCGCAAAAGAAGAUAGUAAUUUAUUCCAAGCAACAAAUAAAUGUGAAUGAGGAGAUAACAUACGACUACAAAUUCCCCAUUGAAGAUGUGAAAAUCCCAUGUCUGUGUGGUGCAGAACACUGUAGAGGAACCCUCAAUUAAUGGGGUCUAAGACGGAGAUGCUCCAUUUGCGAGCAGUAACCUAAAUGUGGUUGCACUUGCCAAACCAACAAUUCGCACUUCUGCUGAACCUAAGGCUAAAAAUGCACAAUAAGUGUUGGGACUGCAUUUAGGAUUCAGGUGCUCUUCCUCUGGAAAGAAAGGUGUUUACCACUUUGUGUCACGGUUAACUAGUAUAAUACUAGUUCCUCUUCCCCAGGUCCAUGCAGUAGAGCAAAGGACCUCACUCUUCCUUCUGCCUAAGUGAAUGCUGCUACUAUUUUUUUUCUUUUAAGUUUUUUUCUUUACAUUAAAAUAAACAAUAUGGGAAGAAGUGGCCAUUGAAUACUUGAAAAGGUUUAUGGUUUGCAGCUCAAAUUACAUUUCUACGAAGGUUCUUAAAGUAGUUGAUGGGAAUUUGUGGCCUCAACAGUAGCAUCACGUGCAUCUAGUCUCAGUUUGGUGCUUUUACUUUUGAAAUGCUUUAUUCCCCUUUCCUCUACAAAUUUUGAUUAUAAUAAUUUUACAAAUUGUAGAUAGGCUAGCUUAGCAAUUUUUUUUAUUUUUGUGCUAAUGCACUAGGGUUUGGCCUAUGGAGGCUUUGUGCACUAUUCGCUUUUAGACUUGCACGUGACUUUUGGUAUUCACUUUCUCUGUACAAAAUUCCAGGGUUUUUUUGUGCUGUAGUGGGUAUCCCUAACCAGGAGAGUGUUCUUCCUGUUGUUUAUAUUGUACAAAGUAAUUUCUAUCUACAAGGGGAAAAAAAAAAUCAAAAAAAAAUCUUUCUAAUUUUUUUGUGAAGUUUUCAGGGAUCAUUUCGAACAUGUAAACAUUUUAAAAACAAACAAAAAAAAAUUUUUGAGAUCAAUUUGCAUCUUGUACAUAGUGCACCCAGGUUUCUCCUCUCUGAACAUUGUUUCUUGUAGAAACAUAUCCUUUCAAAUAAAAAGAAUUUUGCUGGUUCCUUUGUACUUCAAAAGCUUGUAAAUAAUUUAUUAAGAAAGUGAAUAUUGUAAUUUGAGUUGUUAAAAUACAGCUCUAACUAGAGGAGGCAAAUUUAAAAAAAAUGUUUAACAAUGAGCUGGUAGCAAUUUUUUCAGCUUGUGUCAAGCUUUGUAUCAUGUAAAUUCUGUAUAAAUAUUACCUCUAUCAAUUACCUAGAUUUAUUGGAAGCAUUAAGGAAUACAGUGAAAAUGCUAAAAGGUCAGGCUUUUUCAUCUCUGAUACCUACUGUGCAAAUUGUAUUUAUUUGGAGGAAGAAAGGAGUGUACAGAAUUUAGGAAAAAUGGCAUCUCUUGUAUGUGUGUUAGCCAAGCAUAAACUGGAUAUAAAAAGUUUUUUUUCCUCAAUAUCCAUUAUAAUAUUUUCUCAAACACUGUAAGGGACAUGGUACCUAAUAAAGGGUUAUUAUUUAAAAACUAGCUCAUUUGCUUGUUUUUUCCUAAAAUAUUAUAAAUGCUAUUAUUUUAACCCUUUCACUCAUGGAUACCAGGUUGCCAGAUUUCAUUCAGUUGCUUUCUAGACCAUAUAUCCUUGUUAACCCAUGUAUGUAGAAAAGCUGUCUGAUCAUCACUAUUGAAUCACAAGCUAUAAUUUCUGAUUGAAGUCAUUACCAGCAAAAGAGAUAUAUAUUUAUUCAUACACCUUUGAUAUUUCUGUAGCUCUCUUAUCUCUUUUUUAAAAAUCAAUCUUUGACACUUGACCUAAUGCAAUUUGUUUAUAACUUUGCUGAGAACAACAUGUCCAGUGACUGGUUGUAACUAGGAAGAGGUGUGUGAAAGGGUUAAACCUGCUAAGGUUUUUUUUUCCUCUCCAGGAAAAUAAGAGUGGGGGAAACCUGGUGAAUUUCAGAAGGUCUAUGUGUGAAAAGGUUUGAAAAAGCAAGAAAUAUACUUGUUAGGUCUAGGGUUUUGUUUCAUUAUACAGUUUCUGCUUUGGUGAUGUAGGGAUUACUUUUGUGCUUGCAACUUUCCAGGUGGAAUCAAAUGAAUCUGAGUGUUUUGUUUUGUGCAAAUAGAAACUGCGUUAAGUGUUUCAUUUCGCGAAAGUGAAACUGUUCUGUGGUUGUGUUUUACUUGUAAAUAUUUCUUCAUAUUUUUGUGAAUUCAUUACUAUGUAACAAUGUAUGAUAGUACCUUUUAUAAAGCAAUCCAUAAAUAUACUGACCUUUUCUUACAGAUAAACUGGAUGUUGUCAUUUA